GCGAAAUUUCAUUCUCACAUCAUCGCUUGUCCAGCACACAACUGCAAUCGAAAGUAAAAUUCAAGAAAAAACACCUGAAGUAGUGUGGAUAACUGAAAAUUUGGCGCAAAAGAAACAGUCAAGCGAGCCAAAUGGAAGCCGGACAGAAUCAAAAUCAGCAGAUUUGCAAUCAAGCCGCAGCAAAUGCACCGAACGUUGAGCCUCAACCGUCGGUCUUCAAACUGGACAUCGAUUGCUGGGACGAAGUACUCGAUUGCCUGUCGUUGGAGGAUGUUCACUCGUUUGGUCAAACAUGCAAGGCUUUUCAACGUGUCACCGGCGAAUAUUUUCAAUGGAAAUAUGUGGAUGCUUCCGCUCUUUCCUACGGACAUGGUAUUUACAUCAAUUUCAGAAGAAUGAAUGGUUUCAACGAAUUUGUCCAAAACAUUCAGUUCUGUCAGGUCACACGCAAUUCAGCGUUUCAUUACACUGCAACCAAAUGCAAAGCUGAAAUCAAGGAGUUCAUGCUUGUCGACGUUGAUCUCAAUCAGAUGGACAUCAAGAUAAUCGAAAAACGUUUGGAAAAAGUCGUCAGCCUCCAAGUAAUGCGCUGCAAAUUCGAUGAAGACAUUUGGCGGACGCUUUUCGAAUCGUGCACGAACUUGAAGCGACUAAGAUUCUGGACCAAUUUUGAUACAUCGUUUGCUUGGCCAGUUCGAAAACAUCCAACACUCGAACACCUGGAAUUGUGUACGAUUAGCACAAUUGACAGCCAAAAAUUGAAGAAUUUUCUCGACCAUUGCCCAAAUCUUCGAAGCCUUCAAAUCAGUGCAAAUGUGCUAUGGGACAAUCAAGAUUUAAUUUGCAAUACCAAAGUUGAUGACUUGGCCAUUGAUAUGAACGAAGACAUCGAUACCACCAUUGGUUUCUUGAAUAACCUUCAUGAGAAAGGCUUCUUCAAAAGAUUGCAUUUUAGAUCUGAACGCAACAGCACAACAUCAGCUGAACAAAUACUUUCGUUGCCCGGACUCGUUACGCUGUACAUUUAUCCGAACGAAAAUGAAAAUCCGGAAUUUCCCGUUUUGCCCAGCAUCAAAGAGAUUGGAAUCAUCAAUCGCUUUGAAAGGCACAUCAACACGGAUGCCAUGGUCAACAGUUUCAUCAAUCUGGAGCAGCUUUUCAUCAUCGGCUCACGCGAUUUGCUGCCAUUCAUUCGUCGAUCGAUAAAAUUAAAAGACGUUGAAAUCGCUGAUUUCGAAGGAGAAGUUCUCGACAUCGCUGCACUGAACAAGGAACGCAAAAAGUUGGUAGGAGCACGCAAGGUGACCAUUUACGUCAAUGAACGUAUUUAUUUGGCAACAAAAUGGGCAACCUCAGAUACGUCGUUGGAAAUGAUUGAAUUAAAACGGCAAUCAUCACGGGACAUCAUUGGUCCGCACAGCUUUUGGCAAAUAUUCCGAUAGUUUGAUCAUCUUGACUCUUACGAAUCUUUUUCCCAAAUUUUUUUUAUUAUUCCGGAAAACUGAAAAAAAUCUGCUGUCGUUCAAAAAAUCAAUCGUAGGAAGAAAUCACCUAAAUCUUUUCCGGACCCUCUAUUAUCUCCAUAAUUUCAAAAAAAAACAGUACAGUUUAGUAAAUAGAGAAAGACCAAAUAAACAUGGAAAAUUC